CAACUUGACAAUUGCAAAGUUUGCUUCGACAGUCGAAUAUCAGUUGAGAAAAUUAAGUAAUCAGGAUGAAAUUCAUACCGUUGCACACCACAAACACGGCCAUUGUGUACAAGAACUCACUAUGUUCGCUCGCCUCGCUGCUGGUGCUCGUCUUUAUAGCCCUUUCCGUAAUGUUGCCCGUCUUAUUGGUUUCUCUUCUGAGUCCCUACUCCGGCAUAUCGGAAUCACGCGUGUUAUAUGAGCAGCCGGAUCUGAAGUUUAAGUAUCAGUAUAUAUUUGUGGCUCACGUGGAGUCAUCGCAGGACCAUGAGUCGCUAGAAUCGUCCUUUGUGGCCUGCAGCAGCUUCGCCAACUUCAAUGCACGAAUGCAAAACUAUUCGAGCCGCUGCGAGGCGAGCAAAUAUUGGACACAGGACCUGGACUACGAUGCGGUAACGGAUCGAGUGCACUUUCAACUGGAGCUGCAGCAACUGCCUGCACCUCUGAUAAACUUCGAUUUGCUGCUGUUUUUCGAGGCGCAGCUGCGCCACAAAUGCCUCCUUAAUCCGCCCGCUGUGCUGGCAGAUCAACUCCAAAUGCCGCAGGCUAUGCGGCUCCAGAACGGACACGUCCAGCUGAAAGGCGAACUCAAGCUGAAGCAAUUUGUGGAGUUCACCUGCCCGUUUCCGGGACGUAACCUGCAGACCCAUUUCCGCCAGGUGCAACUGGACACGAACAACAGCUUGGCGGACAUUUCCCAAUAUAAAAUGGAAUCGCUGCUGGCCCAGGUGAAAGCUAAUCCGGCCUACUUCCAGCUGGCUGUGCAGGAGACUUAUUACAGGCCCGCACCGCCACGCUUAACUCCCGGCCUAACCAUCAACCUGGAGUUGGAUGUGCUGCAGUUGCCGGCACGCUAUCAUUUGAGCAUUUGGGAACGUCUUGGACAGUUCUGGUUGUAUUUUGCGUCAUUCUUUGGCAUUUCAUUUUACAUUAUGAACAAGCUGAAGGAUUUUCUAUUCGGACGCCAUAUCGUUCGCUCGUGGGAGAUAAUUCCAUGGAAGAAGCUCUACUGACACGAGUCGGGCGCCAUUCUAGAAAUGGACAAUUUCUCCAUAGGCGAAUGAGACACUUUUCCCAAUUUCAGUCAAUGUGUACAUUAAAUAACAAAUCAUACA